AUGCCCCCAAACGCCCCAUCAGAACGAACACCAGAGACGUUCAAGAUCCUCUUGAAGAAGCUUGUCCAGUCCCCCGACCAAUUCACCCCCGAGGAUUGCGCCGAGUGCUUCCAGCAUCUUUGUGCUGGUGCUUUCCUGACAGCCUUGACGCUCUCGGGUCUCGACUCUUCUCCCGAAAUCGUUGCUGCCUGCGCUUCCAUUCUCCGCGAACAUGCCGUCUCGGUAGACAACCUCUAUUCUGACUCUCACGGGCAAGAGCCGGCGCCUGGUAUGUGGGACUACAGAGACUCUGAUAAGGAGGGCGACCGGUACAAGGGGACGGUCGAUAUCGUUGGUACGGGAGGUGACGGAUGGGAUACCUAUAAUGUGUCUACAACGGCUGCCGUGGUCGUGGCCGGUGCCGGUGUCCGUGUCGCCAAGCAUGGAUCCAAAGCUGCCACCUCCUCAUCCGGCUCUGCCGACCUGCUCAUAUCCCUCGACUGCCGCCUCGCCUUCCCAGUUUCAAAAGUCGACACUUUCCUCGACCACUCUCCCUUCCUCUUCCUCUUUGCCCCGCAUUACCACCCAGCCCUCGCGCAUAUUGCUCCCAUCAGGCGCAGUCUCAACUUCCGUACCAUCUUCAACGUCCUCGGCCCUUUGAUCAACCCGAGCAAGCCGGACAGGAUGGUGUUGGGUGUGGCCAAGCAAGAAUUGGGAGAUACGUUUGCAGAGGUAUUGAGGCUGCUGAAUGUGCAGAGAGCUUUGGUGGUUUGUGGAAAGGAGGGAUUGGAUGAGAUCAGUCCUGCAGGGGAAACUUGGACUUGGUGGUUGGAGAAUGGCAAGAUCACCAAGGGCUCAAUUCACCCUACCGAGGACUUUGGUCUCCCUACCCACCCCCUGUCAUCUGUCCGUGGCGCUACCCCAGACCUAAACGCUCUCACCUUUAGAUCCAUCCUCGCCUCCUCCCCCGCACCUGCCCACCUCGCCUCUCCCGCCGGGCCCGAAUCGCCGUCCUACCAAGCCAUCUACGACUACAUUCUCCUCAACGCUGCUGCUCUACUGCAUGUCUCUGGCAAGGCCGCUUCGUACAAAGAGGGUGUACAGCUGGCGCGGGAGAGUAUCGAGAGUGGAGGUGCGAUCGCGGCGUUUGAUGGGUUCAAGGAAGCCAGUCAGAAGGCGAUGGGAGAGCAUGUGGACGUCAAGACUGUGGAGGAUGAUGGAGGUGUGGCUGCGAAGAAUGGAGCAGUGAAGGCUUGGUUGAGCGUCAACAGGUCGAGGCCCGAGACGCCUGCAGCUGAACAAUAG